AAAUAACGAAACAUUGCACGGGUGCUUUUAGUUUUAGCAGGGGAGCUGUGAAUUUUCUCACAAAGGAGCCGAAGCUUGUCCAGCUCAGUUUAGCCGAAUAUGGCUAGUGAGACAAUGGUUGUGCAUGAUUGAGUGGUGAGUCUUCCUUGUAUAUGGCAAUGGUUCUCGCAGCUGUAAUAGCUCCACCUUCCCAUCUUCCCCACGCCAUCAGCAACAGCGACUCCUUCACCCAUCACCGCCGCCUUCUCCUCUUCCUAAAUUCAUGCACCUGCAUUUCUCAGCUCAAGCAACUUCACGCCCAGACAAUUCGGACCACAUCUUCCCACCAUCCAAACACCUUCUUUCUUUACAGUCGGAUUUUGCAUUUCUCCUCCUUACAUGAUCUCCGUUACGCGUUUCGGGUUUUCCAUCAAAUUGAGAACCCCAAUUCGUUCAUGUGGAACGCCCUCAUCAGGGCCUGUGCACGAAGCACUGACCGCAAACAACAUGCCAUUGCGCUUUAUCACAGAAUGUUGGAGCAAGGAAGUGUUAUGCAAGAUAAGCACACUUUCCCCUUUGUUCUCAAGGCUUGUGCUUACUUGUUUGCUCUAUCAGAAGGGGAACAGAUCCAUGCCCAGAUUUUGAAACUUGGAUUUGAUUCAGACGUUUAUAUUAAUAACAGUUUGGUCCAUUUCUAUGCCACGUGCGACCGUUUGGACUUUGCAAAGGGGGUGUUUGAUAGAAUGUCUGAGAGAAGUUUGGUUUCAUGGAACGUUGUGAUUGACGCGUUUGUUCGAUUCGGUGAGUUUGAUGCUGCAUUAAAUUUAUUCGGCGAGAUGCAGAAGUUUUUUGAACCGGAUGGGUAUACCAUUCAGAGUAUCGCAAAUGCUUGUGCUGGUAUGGGGUCUUUGUCUUUGGGGAUGUGGGCUCAUGUUUUUCUGUUGAAAAAGUUUGACGCUGAUAGAGUUAAUGAUGUUUUGUUGAACACUUCCUUGGUGGAUAUGUAUUGCAAAUGUGGGUCAUUAGAACUUGCUCUGCAACUCUUUCACAGAAUGCCUAAGCGUGAUGUAACCUCAUGGAAUUCGAUGAUUCUAGGAUUCUCCACCCAUGGCGAGGUGGCGGCCGCAUUGGAAUAUUUUGGUUGCAUGGUCAGAACGGAAAAGUUGAUGCCCAAUGCCAUCACGUUUGUAGGUGUCUUGAGUGCGUGUAAUCACGGAGGCUUGGUUAGUGAGGGCCGCAGGUAUUUUGAUGUGAUGGUAACGGAGUACAAAAUUAAACCUGAAUUAGAGCACUAUGGCUGCCUGGUAGAUCUUCUUGCGCGUGCUGGGCUUAUUGAUGAAGCCUUAGAUGUUGUGUCAAACAUGCCCAUGAGACCAGACUUAGUCAUUUGGAGGAGUCUUCUGGACGCUUGUUGCAAGCAAAAUGCAGGUGUUGAGCUAAGUGAAGAAAUGGCCAGACGAGUCCUUGAGGCAGAAGGGGGUGUUUGUAGCGGUGUUUAUGUGCUGCUGUCCCGAGUAUAUGCCUCAGCUAGCAGGUGGAACGAUGUUGGGAUGGUUAGGAAACUGAUGACUGAUAAGGGUGUAGUAAAAGAGCCUGGAUGUAGUUCAAUAGAGAUAGACGGUGUCGCCCAUGAAUUUUUUGCAGGGGACACAUCUCAUCCUCAAACUGAAGAAAUAUAUUCAGCUCUGGAUGUGAUUGAAGAGAGGGUGGAAAGGGUAGGGUAUUCCCCCGACUCUUCACAAGCGCCCAUGGUUGAUGAGACCAUUGAUGGAAAACAAUACUCACUUAGGCUGCAUAGUGAGAGACUUGCCAUUGCCUUUGGCCUAUUGAAGACAAAACCAGGCAUGCCCAUUCGCAUUUUUAAAAACCUUCGAGUCUGCAAUAACUGUCACCAGGUGACUAAAUUAAUCUCUAGGGUAUUUAACAGAGAGAUAAUUGUGAGAGAUCGUAUUAGAUUCCAUCACUUCAAAGAUGGUGCCUGUUCCUGCAUGGAUUAUUGGUGACACCGAAUCUGCUUUGCAACUUGUAUCA